AUGGCGGUGAUCUUUCCUCCGCUAUCCUGGACAAGCUCUAAGCUCCCGACCUGUCUCCUGGCAUGUGUGGUAGGGGGGCCGCUCAGCCCUCGACGCCAGGCCGGGCGGCGCGCAGGGCCUCCACCCAGCGGCGUCGGUGCAGAAGGAGAUCUCCGCGACGCCCCGCUUGAGCGCGCCACACUCGCAGUGGGACUGCGCCACCACCGCCAUCACCUUCUGCUCGUCCAGCGCCCAGCGCAGGGACGCGAGCGCGAUCGCGGGCGAGCGCAGCCACGGGCUCCCUCUGAGCCGCACGCGCCUCCUCGCCUUCCCGUCGCCCAGCCAGCCGCGCGCCGCCGCCUCGCCCAGCGCCCGGACGCCGUUCGCCUCGAGACCCACCGCCGCCACCCGGGGCCACGACGCGUCCCGGUUGCCCGCCAGCUCCAGCCGCUGCACGUUCUCCAGCCCGGCCAAGUCGCCGCCGCUCAGCGACUGCAGGCGGUUCAGCGACAGGUCCAGGAACCACACGGACUUGACGGGGCGGAACAGCCCGGCCGGGAGCGUUGUCAACCGGUUGCCGCCCAGACCGAGCGCCUGCAGGGACGGGCUCACCCCAGACAGCAGAUCCUGCGAGGGAACGCUUUCCAAGAGGGAAGAGAGCUGGUUGUUGUCCAAGCGGCGCAGCCCAGCGCCGCGAGGCGGUUCCCUCUGAGCAGCAGCCUCGUCGCUCGAGGAGCCGAUCUGGUUGAAGGAGAGCGGCGGCGCGCGCGGCAGCGCAUUCAGCUGGUUGCGAGACGCGUUGACGCUGACGAUCGCCACGAAGCGGUUGCUGGACAGGUCGACGGCGGUGGUUGGGCCGCUGCAGCGGUCGCUGGCGGAGAGCGAGCUGCGGCCGCGGCUAGAGCAGAGCACGCCGUCCCCGACUGGCCCGCCUUGGUGGACUGCGCUACGGCCGCCGUCACGCACCACGCGGCCACGCACGCCGCCAGCGCGCUCCCGCAGACACGCAUCGCUUCUUUGUGUGUGAGGAGCCGCUGCGGCACGCACUUUUGUGACGGCCGGGGAGGUAUACUCUCAUUUAAACGAAGUGGCACUUCAUGGUCAUAUGCGGAGGAGACGAGCUCCGAUUGGAUGGCACUCGUGGCCUCGAGGCGCCACUGUGUUCCAAAGCGACUGCAAGAGGCGCGUGCGUGGCAGGAUGGACGCGGUGGAAAGCCCGACCCACGCGACACAGCUGGGCGCCGGCGCCGGUUUUGCGGUUGA